AUGCUCGAGUUCGCCGAGGCUGGGUUCCCGAGCGACGAGGACGACGUGCUGGACCCUCGCGCGCGCGAUCGAGCGAUGAAUAAGGUCGUGGAUGAGAUUCACGAACUCAACGCGGCGGAGACGGAGGUGCUGAAUAAGGCGUUCGAGCUGGUGGAAAAGUUUGGGCUGAAGCGGAAAGGCGCGGGAUCGGACGCGACGGAGUGA